CGCGGUAGCGAUGUGUAGUUGUAGUGCUAUAUAUACUAGGUAGCGAAAAAACACACAAUUUAACACGUAAACUCGACGUGCUGACCACACAGACUGGACAUAAUGACCAUUAUUACGUCCUUUUUGUGUGGUCACUCACAUGAAAUAUUUCGGCAUCAUUCUAUAAUGUUGUCAGAGAGUUGACUGUUGUCUGUGAACUUCCGCCGCUCAGCUUAUAAUAACAAAGUUGUGAUUUAAUUCUCAUAGUCAAUACAGUGUACAAAUAUUGAUGUAUUAUUACAUUGACAGGGCCAUGUGGUGAACCCAGCUUGCCAGAAUAUCCAGAACCGGACGGUGAAAUGACUACAGGAGUACUAAGACCAUUGAGAUGGAUGCGGAUCGCUAACCUGCCUAGCACUGUGUUAGAUUAAUCUCCAAUUAUCACCGGCGCGAUGGCGCAGUCCACAGGUGCAUCUGGAUUGGUUUAAAACAUUUGAUUGAGUCGGGCCUUCUCAGACAGUAUGGGUGUUCUGACGGGUGUGGUCCUGUCCCUGGCCCUGCUCCUAGGGACGUGUUUGUGCACGGACAUCGUAUACAGGGUGCCAGAGGAGCAAUCGGGCGGAAUGUUUAUAGGAAAUGUGGCACUGGAUUCGAAUCUGCAUUUGAACCUAAGCGAUAGUGAUUACAGGACAUUACGUUAUAGUGUGUUGUCUAGUAGUACAGAUAACGCGCAUCAGUACUUUACUAUCAACCAGACCACUGGAAACCUGUAUACCGCGUCCCUACUGGAUAGGGAGGAUAUAUGUCCUUAUACUGACCAAUGCAAACUGGACAUCGAAAUCACCGCCAAAUCAGCGAUCACAAGUUACUUCAAAAAGUUGAUACUUUUGGUAUACAUUGAUGAUGUGAACGACAAUUAUCCAAUAUUUGACAGGGAUUCCCAAACUAUAUCAAUUCCCGAAUCGGUGCUUCCAGGAACAUCCUACACGUUAGAUGGCGCUAAGGAUGCCGAUCGUAGCGCCAACUAUGGUAUACACAAUUACACUCUGUAUCCUCAGGAUUUACCGUUUUCUGUUAGUUUUGUGAAGAACUUGGACGGCACGUCUGUUGUUCGUAUCAUAGUAGACGGUGCUCUAGACCGUGAGUUACGUGAACGUUAUGCAUUAACACUUGUUGCCAAAGAUGGCGGUGUUCCCGCCAAAACGGCGGACCUGGCAGUCCACGUGCACGUGACUGACGUCAAUGACAACGCGCCAAUGCUAAGCAGAACGACGUACAACUUUACUGUUCAGGAGGACAUUCCCGUGGGUAGUACCAUACUCACGUUGUACGCCACUGACCUUGACUCUGGACGUAAUGGCGAGGUUAGAUACAGACUCAGCCCCCACCAGACAGAGGAAAUAAAAAACCUGUUUUUCAUUAAUGCAACAUCCGGGGAACUUAUUCUAAUUAAUCCAUUGACCUAUGUCCGCGGGUCGUCAUACAAAAUUAUCGUAGAGGUCGGUGACCGUGGUCAGCAGCCGAUGACCACUCAAACCUACGUUAUCAUUACAGUGCUUGAUUCCAGCAAUAACCCACCGGAAAUAGUCCUGGGUCUACUAACAAAUGGUGUAGCCAGGAUUUCCGAGUAUGCGCCAUUCGGAACUACAGUGGCUCACGUUGCAGUUCUUGAUCAGGACUCUGGACACAACGGUAUUGUCAUGUGUAGCUUAGAUAGUACAAUAUUCGAGUUACAGGUACUUGACGUAAACGAGUACAGAGUACUCGUGUCCCAGGCUCUGGACCGUGAACAGGUAGCAAGGCACAGCAUCACAGUCACGUGUCAAGACAGUGGCACACCAAUGCUUGUAUCCAACGCUAACUUCUUUGUUGAUGUUUUGGACGUAAAUGACAAUCCGCCAAUAUUCCUCAUGCAGACUUACUCCGCCAGCGUCAAGGAAAAUAAUAAGGUUGGAAAGGAGAUUCUUCAGGUUAGUGCCACAGAUUACGACGAAGGUCAAAACGCCGAGGUCAAAUAUCGCUUACUUCAUUCGAAUGAUACCGUUAUUCAAGUUGACACAUACACAGGUAUGAUCCGUGCCAACGCCGUUUUCGACCGAGAGCGGAUGUCGUCAUUCAUGUUCAAGGUACUCGCCAUUGACGGCGGAAGUCCUCCCAAAUCUGGGACGGCGACCGUCUCUGUGACGGUCGAGGACGUCAAUGAUGAAAAACCGCAAUUCCUGGAGAAUCUGUUUAUAUUUAAGCGCAAAGAGAAUCGUCAGGCGGGAACGAUAGUUGGAAGGUUAAUGGCAAUGGACGACGAUGAGGGGGAUAGUGGAAGGGUAGUAUUUUCAUUGGCGGAGGAGUCGCCGAUUUUCAGCACACUUCCGUUUGUCGUGUAUUCUGAUGGUAUUAUAAAAACGACGUCAGAGCUAGACCGUGAGAGAAAGAAGUUCUACGACUUCAAAGUAAUGGCGUCCGACCUGGGUCGUCCCACGCUUAGUAGUACAGCUAAUGUGAAAAUAUUUAUCGAGGAUGAAAACGAUAACAGUCCUAACAUCAUAUUCCCUAGUUACACGAAUAAUACAAUCGUGAUAUCGGUUGGAACUCCUCCCGGAAGUGUUGUAGGUACAGUGCGUGCGCAGGACCCAGACGAAGGGUUAAAUGGGGAAGUGUCUUAUAGUUUCGAUGGUGAUAACCAAACAUCAUAUUUCAGAAUGUUUUCUGAAACUGGAGAUGUAAUUUUACAAAAAAGUGUUGAAUUAUUCGCCGGAAGUGUAUUUUCUCUAAAUAUAAUCGCAACAGACCAAGGCGACCCGCCAAGACGGUCUCGUCAGACGUUGAAAAUCAUUAUCGGGACAUCUGUAGGUGCAAAUGAAAACAUCAAUAUAAUCAUUGUUGUUUCCUUGGUCGGAGUGACGUUAGUGCUAUCAACUGGAAUAAUUCUAGUUAUAUGUAUCAUAAGGAGAAUAGAUACGAACAAAGAUAGGUCAAGGAAGCCAACCUCUGACCCCGUCAUGGCUAACGGUUUGGCCGGGGUCCCUAAUAAUACAUACGGGACCCUUAACAAACCUGUAGCGGAAGUGAUCUCAGAACUAGAGCGGAAGCGGAAGGAAGUGACAUUUGCUUUCAGCCCAGACCAACAAAUUCCCACUGACGAAACGUAUUAUGAAGAAAAGGGACAUAGACCGAUUGGAAAACAAUCUUCCUAUGGCGAGCACGUCAGUCAAGCUUUUCUAAAACUCCAGGAUGACAACCACAGCGAGACAUCUGGGGAGACAAAUACCAGCGACAGUGGGCGGGGUCUCAGCGAUGACGAGGUUCACGGGUCAAGAGUCGGAUCAUAUAGUAAGGGGAGAGUCGUCCCUAAAACUAAACCUAAUAUGGAGGUGAAUAUUUACCAGAACCAGCACACAUUCUUCCCGGAGGGACGUGAACCAAUCUCGCCGAUACAACUUCCAAGGUUCACAGCCUACCCGCCAUACGCCCCUAACAACGGGCGUUACCAAGGAGAAACCGGAAGUAGUUAUGCGGUGCAUAGACCUCUACAAACGUUCCAUUUUGGGACAAAGACUUCCUCUCUUGAGGACGACAGUGGAUCUACAUCCGGUAUCCACACAAUGGACGAAGACUUUACAGCACACCUAAAAGACAGUGUGAUAUAGGCCAAAAAAUAAUCAUUUUCUACAUCAAAAACAAAACAUUGUUUCGUGACUUUAAAUGUAUGUGAUAACUUGAGUUUCUGUGAUAUUAUUUAAUUUUGUACGUUAAUAAUAUAACCUAAAGCAAUGUAGCCAAUCAGGAGCUGUUUACAAAAUCCAUGGAAGAAGAACUUGUUAACAUUGUUGAAUGACAGGAAGUGAGGUUUCGACGUCACACCGGAAGUGAGUGUACUAAAGAAUGGACCCGACAGCAAGUUCGGGGCUUGCAGCGGACAGGAGACCUUUGCAGUCGAGACAUUGUGAAAUCCGCUAGUAAGCCUCGGGACAUGAUACCUCUUUUUUCCGGAUGUGACGGAUGUCUGCAUUGUGUCGGCAAAGUAACCGCGUCGGCAUGAUUCUGUGGGACGUUCUUCUGACAACUGAAUGAGUAUGGUUAUCAACAACAAGGCCCAAUAAAACUCAUUGUGACAUUGUUCAGACUCUUACGGCAGAAUGGAGGAUGUUUGUGCAGUUUUUUUUUUAUAGCGCAUGCUUUUUUAGUUAGUACUAACUUAAGAGCAUGCAUAAUGUCCAUUGUGCCAAAUUCGUACGUAAUGUCCAGUAAUAGGACCGGUAGACUGACCAUUAUGUUAUUUAGACUGACCAUUACGUUAUAAUCUGUGAAAUUGUGGUGGUCAUCGGGAAUUUUGCAUCAUCAUGAUUACUAUUUUUGACCACGGGACCACACGCACAAUUAAAUGUACUGUUGUAUCCCUAGACAAAAAUCAUCAGCCAAUCGCCAAAUCUUCGUCUAUUAAACUAUAAAGACAUUACUCAUUUUCAUAAUAUGUUAUUCGUGAUUCAUCGCAUACAAACAAGCCCAACGUCCCAUACAAUCUCGGAAAUUUGGCGAUUGGUCAAAUCGUAUUCAAUAAUUCGUCUCUUAUCUUAAUUUCAUGUGCUCAAGAGCUAUUUUUGGUACAUUUAUAUAUCUGUAAUGAAGUGUGUCUAUUUCCAGUUAUACAGCAGAACCUUUCUAAUCCGGACAAUCUGGACCAGUUUGUUCAAAGCAUCAUACGCUUAAUCAUUCGUCAAUGCAUGUUUUCAAAAAAUGGCAUUAAAGAAAUAUCUAAAAUGUAGAAAUAUUCUUAUGGUAUUAUUUACAUGUAUCUUCAAAUGAUCAUCGGAUACUCUGUACAUGAACAUGUUCUUUUGUUUUAAAGAAUAUCAAUAUUUUUUUGUAAAUACACUGGUUUAAGGUUUUAAUGUUUAGCCGAUUAGGCGAAUUGACGGAAAACAAUUUCUGAAGACGAUGAAGCCAGAGUAAAGAAUUUCAACACAUGUAUAUCAAAAUGAUAAACACGGGUUAAUUAAACCUGUGUAAACUAGUAUCCGUGUCGCUAAUGCUGUAAAGAUGUAACAGAAAGAGGUGCCAUUAUCAGAAUAUCCUAUCUAAUAUGAUGCCUGUUUAAUUGACGUUGUAAAGAUCGGAAUAGACAGGUUUCGAUAAAUACAGAAUUCUUUUUUAUUAAUCUUUUCCAUAUAUGAUGAACCAUAUGUAGUUCGAUUUAAACAGGUUUCACUGUGUACAAAAUAACCUGUCGAAACCGAUGUAGGCUAGGAUAUACCACCAUUACAAUGUUGAUAUAUCUCUAUAUACUCGCAUUCGGAUAUCUUGUGCAAUUUCCUAUUGAUGUUUUGUCCGGAUUAGAAAGGUUCUGCUGUAUUAUAUAAUAUCGUCAGCUUCCAGAGUUUAUUGAGAUCAGUUCACGCGCGUUAUGCGCCAAACAUUCCAGCGUGCGAGCUAUUUAUAGAUCAGAGGCUGUGGUAUAACUAUCAUUAAAACGUAUAUGAA